AUGUUUAUCCCUCAGAAUAAGUCUAAACGACUUUCUCUUGAUAAAAUUGGUCAAUUAGAAGAUGAUUUAGAAUUGAAUCCAUUAGAUUAUAAUAAAUGGCAAAAAUUAAUUGAUCAAUUAAUAAUUAAAGAUAAUCAAGAACAAGUUCGGAAAACUUUUAAUAAAUAUUUAAAAAUUUUUAAAUUUGAUGGUAAUUCAUGGUGUAAAUAUAUUAAAUAUGAAUUAAAUCGUGAUGAAAAAGAAAAAGUUGAAAAUUUAUUUCAACAAUGUUUAAGUAUUACUGAUAAUGUUGAAUUAUGUCGAUUAUAUGUUGAUUAUGUUCGAAGUGUUACUGAUUUUAUUACUGGAGGAGAAAAAGCUCGAUCUAUAGUGAUUCAAGCAUUUGAAUUUGCCAUUAAUAAAGUUGGUAUUGAUAUAACUAGUGAAAGUUUAUGGCAAGAUUAUAUUGAAUUUUUACAAAAUUGGAAUCCUAAUGCUAAUUGGGAACAACAACAAAAAAUUGAUUUAAUUAGAAAAGUUUAUAAAAAAUUUUUAACUAUACCAACAGAAAAUAUUGAAAUGAAUUGGUCUAAAUAUACUAAAUGGGAAAAUGAAUUAAAUCCUAUUACAGCAUCAAAAUUUAUAUCAGAAAAAUCAAGUGAAUUUAUGUUAGCUCGAUCUUGGAAUACUGAAUUUAAUCGUAUUACUGAUAAGAAUUUAAAUCGUAAUUUAAAUCCUGGUGAUCAUAAUGAUGAAAAUAUUAUUAAACAAUUAAAAUAUUGGUUUAAAUGGUUAGAAUUAGAAAAACAAAAUAAAUUAGAAUUAAAAGAUGAAAUUGUAAAUGAUAAACGUAUUCAAUAUGUUUAUAAACAAGCUACUUAUGCUCUACCUUUUAUUCCAGAAAUUUGGUUCCAAUAUAUUAAAUAUUUAUUAAAUCAAAAUGAAGAAGGUAAUUUACAAGAAAGUAUUCGUCUUUUAAAAGAAGGUGGACUUGUUUUAAAUCCUAAAAGUAUGCUUCUUACAUUUCAACUUGCAGAAUUAUAUGAAAGAGAUAAUUCAUUUAAUAAUGCCAAAAUUGUGUUUAAAAAUUUAAUUGAUGGUUUACAAAAAGAUUAUAAUUCUGUGACUAAUCAAAUUGUCGAAUUAAAACAACGUAUUGAUCCUACUACUACUACCACAACAACAACAACAACAACAACAACAAACGAAGAAAAUAAUGAAGAACAAGAUGGAGAUAAGAAUGGUAAAGAUCAAAUCCAAAAACUUAAUGUUAAUGUUAAUCAUAAUACUGUUGAUCAAAAUGGAACUAAUGAAGAAGAAGAAGUAUCAAUCAAACUUCCUCAAGUUUAUAGAAUCUCAUUAGCUGAUUCCAAACAAUUAUUGACAUUUGAAAAUGAACAAAAACGUUUAUCAAAUGCAAUUACUCUAACUUAUAUUAAAUUUAUGAUAGCUAGUAAACGUUCACAAGGAAUUAAAGAAGCUCGUAAUGUUUUUAAACAAGCAAGAAAAUUUAUUAAUAUUGGUUAUGAAAUAUUUAUUGAAAGUGCUUUAUUAGAACAUUAUUCUGAUAAAAAAUCAACUGCUUUAAAAAUUUUUGAUCUUGGUAAAAAAAAUUUUCCUACUAAUGGGAAAUUUUUAUUAAAUUAUUUGAAUUAUUUAAUUAUGAUUAAUGAUAUUGAUAUUAUGAGAACAAUUAUUCAAUCAUCUGAUACUAAUUUUACUAAAGAAAUUAGUAAUUUACAAGAAGAAUUAAAAUUAAUUAAUUUGGAUCCAAUAACUAGAAAAAAAAUUGAAAAAAAAAUCAUUUUAUUGAAAAAAUAUUUGAAAAAAUUGUAUAAAAAAUAUAUUUUAUUUACAUCAAAAUUUUUAUCAUUAGAUAUAACUCAUAGUUUUACUAAAAAAUGUGAACAAUUAUUUCCAAAUGAUGAUCCAAUUGAUUUAUUUACUGAUCGAUAUAAAUUAGAUAAUAUAAAUAUUAUAAAGAAAAAUGAAUUAAGUAAAUAUGAUGGUGGGUUUCAAAAUGGGAAAAGAAUUAUUAAUGAUUAUAAUGAUUACGAAGAAGAAAAAGAAGAAGAAGAUGAUUAUGAUGAUGAUGAUGAAGAAGAUGAAGAUGAAUUACAACAACGAUUUAAACGACGUAAAUUAUCUUAUAAUAAUAGUAAUAGUAAUGGUGGUGGUGGUGGUGGUUCAUCAUUUUCAUUUAAUGAAGAAGAAUCUAAAUCAGCUGUGAAAAAUAUUGAAGAAUCAAAAUCAAGAAUUGAACAAGAAGAUGAAAUAAUUAAUAAAUCUAAAGAAUCAUUUGUUGGACCUUCAAUUAUUGCUUUAAUGACAGCAUUACCAAAUGCUUCUUAUUUUGGUUUACCUUCUGAAAGUGUAUUUAAUAGUGAAAAAUUGGUGACUUUAUUUGCCAAUUUAUCAAAUAUUCCUACUACAAUAGAAUAA